GAAAAAUCUUGUUUCUUGUUUCCUCUCAGCCCUUGGAGGUCUUGAGGGUCUGACUCUUUCACAGGUACAGACAGUUGAUCUGAUGAUUACCAGCCACUGCUUCUUAUCUAGCUUGACCACCUGUGGAUGAGAUACCUUGAAAAAUUGGGCUCCUCGUCGGCGUCCAGUCAUGUCACGUGACUAUAGAAGCAUGCAAGCAGUGAAGACGCGGCUGUUUACAAACAACCAUAACUGGAUCUCCUUUUAACGCCGCUUCACUGGUGAAAGGAAGAGAACAACCAGGAUGGAAAUGGAGAUUUCUCAGCCGUAUUACUUCGGGGACAUUGGCUGCUGGGCGGAGAGGACAGAGGUGCAUAAGGCAGCGUCUCUCGGCCACGCCUCCCACCUGCAGCACCUCAUAGAGGGCGGAGCUUCGGUCAACGUGGUGGCGGUGGACUCCAUCACGCCGCUGCAUGAGGCCUGCCUCCGGGGACAGGCCCGCUGUGUGCAGCUGCUGCUGGAUGCUGGAGCCCAGGUGGAUGCCAGGAACGUGGAUGGAAGCACGCCGCUGUGUGACGCCUGUUCAGCUGGUAGUCUGGAGUGUGUGAAGCUGCUGCUGGAGCAUGGAGCCAUGGCCAACCCGGCCCUCACCUCCCGCACCGCCUCCCCACUCCAUGAGGCCUGCAUGGGAGGUAACUCAGACUGUGUGAAGCUGCUGAUUGCCAUGGGUGCCUGCCUCGAAGCGUAUGAUCUCUACUACGGAACUCCGCUACAUGUGGCCUGUGUUAAUGCACACACAGAGUGUGUUAAAGUUCUGCUUAAUGCAGGUGCUAAAGUCAAUGCUGCUAGGCUACAUGAGACCCCGCUGCACCACGCAGCUAAACACAUGAGAGUUGAAAUGAUUGAGGUUCUUGUAGAGUUUGGAGCCAACAUCUACGCUAGAGAUCAGCACAACAGAAAACCGGUGGACUACACCACACCUGGCUCUCCUUCUGAGGCCUGUCUGCAGUUUUAUGAGACCACCCCCAUGACUCUGCAGCAGCUCAGCAGGUUGGCAGUGAGGAGGAAGUUGGGAACAACAGCUCUGAGCAUCAUAGCUAAACUUGACAUGCCAAAGCUAAUCAUCAGCUACCUCUGCUAUCAGUGACCGUCACACCUGCUGGGAGAAUGGGCUCCAGACUGAAAUCAAACUGUUGACUGGAAAGCAAACACACUUGUAAACAUGGUGCCAAGCAUCACAUGCCUGUUCUGUCCAAUACUGCACUUUAUUAUUGUGUGAAUACUCUAAAGUGUAAUUGACAAGGUUUAGUAUGGCUUGUUAGUUAAUGGUAGCAUAUUAGCUAAUGAUGGGUUAUGCUAACUGAUGUUAGCAUAGAAGAGAGAGGUAGUUAAUGCUAACUAUCAAGGUGUCGUUAGCUAAUACUGUAAUCCAAUGUUGGUGUCUGAGACGCUCUUAGCGUACCAUGCUAAGAGCAUAUAUACUAUGCUAGAUAUAUACUAUGCUAGAUCGCCAUGUUAGCUCAUGUUAGCAUUUUUUAUAAUGAAAAUAUGUAAGCCACUAUUUGCAUGGUAGAGUUCAUUGACGCUAAAGUUAGCAUCCUGCUUGACUUUAGCAUUAUAGCUAAUGCCGGCAUGAGAUGCUAUUAAAAUAGCAGCUAGUCCUGACUUUUUAGCUAAAAUGCUACUAUUAACAUGUUAAACUCAUAACUCUAUGAUUCUCGCACUUUUUAUUUUCAAUCAUUUCUUCUUCUGUUCAGCUCCUUCAGAAUAUGAGCUUAUCAGUUUCAUUUCCUUUUGGUUUCGGUGUAAAAGUGAAAGUUUUGGGCAGAGAAGAUUGACAGUUGCUUAUUUAAAUGAAGUUGAAUA